UUCAGCAUAUCACUUGGCCGCGUGAGGAUGAUGAAGGGUUUUUGGUUUUCACUUUGAUUGUUAAACUGCACGUCAUGGCUGCCGCCACGCCAGAGUUCCACGUCAUGGCCACCACCUCGCCAGAGUUCCACGUCAUGGCUGCCGCCGUGCCAGAGUUCCACGUCAUGGCUGCCAAGCCAGCAUCCCAUGUCAUUACCCUAUGUCUGCCAUGGCCAAAGAGUGAACGCCCAUGUCUGCCAUGUCCAACGAGCCAACAUUGCCAGCCUCGUCUGUUCCAGAGCCUGCACCGCCAACUUCGGGAUUUCGUAUCUGAGUCUCAGUCCAUGCCUGCGACCACAGAGGUUGCUCCUGAAACUCAGUCCAUGCCCACGACCACAGAGGUCGCUUCCGAGACUCUACCCUUGUUCACGACCACAGGGACCAUCUCCGAGUCUCUGCCAAUGUACACGACCACGGAGGUCGUUUCCCAAGUUAUCCACGGCUCCACCUUCCACGACCUUGCCCCACGUCAUGGCACCCAAGCCAGAGUCAGCUCGAGGCCAUGUCACAGCCAAGCCAGAGUCAGCUGCAGGCCAUGUCACAGCCAAGCCAGAGUCAGCAGCAGGCCAUGUCACAGCCAUGAUCCGCCUGCUCCAUGCCAUGUCACAGCCACGCCUCAGCCUGCUCCAUGCCAUGUCACAACUGAACCCUGGACUGCUCCACGCCAUGUCACAACUGAACCUCAGUCUGCUCCAUGCCAUGUCUUAUCUGAACCCCGGACUGCUCCACACCAUGUCUUAGCCGAACCCCGGACUGCUCCAAACCAUGUCUUAGUCGAACCCCGGACUGCUCAACGCCAUGUCACAACAGAACCUCAGUCUGCCCCAUGCCAUGUCUUAGCCGAACCCCGGACUGCUCCAUGCCAUGUUUCAGCCGAACCCCUUACGGCUCCAUAUAAUGUCACAAACAAGCCUCUGCUCCAUGGUCCAGGCCCGCCUCUGCUCCACAUUCCAGCACCCCCCUCUCCCCAGCUCCUUCACAGUGAAGUUUGUUAUGUUUUGGGGAGUUUGGAGCCACCCCUAGAGAGGGGGAUAUGUAACAUCUAGAUGUGUUUUUGUUAAUGUUUUGUUUAUGUCCUUUAUUUUGAAAAGUUUGUUCAUGUUCCAUGCCAUGUUUUGUUCCUGUUUUCUUGUCAUGUGACCUUCCUGUUUUUAUCAAUGUUCAUGUGUCUUGUUUUCAUUGGUUCAUUGUUUGAUUACUUUGUUAUCAGUUCUAGUUUGUCAUUGGUUUUAGUUUAUUGUCAUCGUCUUCAUCAUUGCCAUUGCCAGUGUAGCGUAUGAAUGAGAAUCAGUGGACUCAUCGAUUCUGAAUACAAAGAACCCCUGUAAGAUCACUGAAAUGGCGCCAGCUAGUCUGUGAAGUACAAUGCGCUAUUGACAGAGGGACACUCCAAAUCCUCAUGCUUUACCAUGUGAGAAAGGCACGUGAAAAGUUGGCAACAAAGUGUGUCUUUCAUUUAAAAACCUAGAAGGGCUUAUUUUUAAGGAAAUAUGUUUAAUCCCCGUAUGUUUGUGUAUGUCUGCUGUUAGAUUAAACUAGUUAAGAUUGUUUAGUUGUGUAAUUAAACUCUGAGGCCUUAUAUAAAGGGUUUUAAAAUGUAUAUCCACUUUUAAGUGUACCAAAUACACGUUUCUUGGUAUCAAAUUAAACCUUACGACUUGUCCUUGCUGAAUAUAAAUAUAAGGGUACAUUAAAAGGUAUUCUGCUAUGUUUUACUGUCUUUUGAGUGAUUCAACCCAAAGCCUUUAAAGUCAUAAAGUAUGCAAAUGAAGAGCCUUGGCAGAACAAAGAAACAAACUCGCGCCCAAAACGGAGGAGUCUCAUUGGGUCACUUCUCCCAAAGGAGGGGUGACCUCCCUACCAUAAAAGUCCGGCCCCAGCAGUGGAUCGCUCUCUUACCUCUCUUUUGCUGCUCCCUCCCUUGCUCUCUUGCAUCCCUUACGUCUCUUCUCUUCUGCACUCUUCCCCCGUUCUUCUGGACCCCUUCGGAACAACCCUUCAGCUCUCUCUCUUCCCCUCCCUCGGACUCCCCUGAACGCUCUGCAACCCUCCGGAACACCCGUCGACUCUUCAACAGUUACCCUCUAAGACGCUUCGAACUUUCCGCGAACAACCCACGCUCUGGAAACACCGACAGAAAGCCCAUCUCAAGGACGCCACGAGGACACGACAUACACACAGUCUUGCUCAGCUACACAAAGGUCCAUUGUGCAAGUAUUAUUUCAUUGAAAUUCAAAUGCGUUACAGUGUGUAACUUCCGUGCUGGCUCUAAAAGGGUUAACUGUUGAAACAAGUUUGCUAUACCUCUAAUCCUUUAUUUUCCCUUAC